CCGCGCGAUAGCUCACUCCGCCCACCGCCUACUGCAGAUCUGUGGGUGGUUUAUACGUUGGUCGUAGCUUUAAUUAAAUACCGAAAAAUACCUGCGUCAUUUUUAACUGAACCUCCUCGACUUCUCUGCAUCCAUCUCAAAGAACAAAGCAACCAAGCGAGAAGAAGUUGGAUAAAAGAGAACCGGGCUACAUCUACAUAGCAUGUUGCUGCUGCUGCUGCAGAGACUGCUUUCCUUCGUCAUCAUCAUCUCCAUCAUCAUCAUCAUCCUCAUCCUCCGCCCUGCUUAUACCUCGCCAUCAUCUCCCCCCUCCAGCGAAUCAUCCACUCCUCUCCUCUCCUUCCUCACAAGGCUCCCUCCUCUCCCUUCGCAGCAGCUUCUCCAAUGGAACAGCUCUGCCCCUCCGUGCCACUGGUCCGGCGUCUCCUGCUCCCCUCGCUCCGGCCGCAUCACCUCCCUCAACCUCUCCGGCAUCGGCCUCUCCGGGCCCCUAGCCGAAUCCGCUCCCAGCCUUUGCGGCCUCCCGUCGCUCCGCUCGCUCGACCUCAGCCUCAACGGCUUCUCCGGGCCCAUCCCCUCGCAGCUCGGCUCAUGCGCCCGCCUCCGCGCCCUCCUCCUCAACGGCAACAACCUAUCUGGCCCGAUCCCGCUAGAUUUCUUCCGCUCUGGCCGCCUCGUCAAGCUCGACCUCGGGGAAAACUCCCUCUCCGGCGCAAUCCCUCCGCAGGUCGGAUCGUCGCGCCGCCUCGUGUUCCUCGGCCUGAACGACAACUUUUUGCAGGGAGGCAUCCCCCAGGGGCUAUUGCGGCUGCCGAAGCUCAAGUUCCUGUGGCUCGAUGGGAACAACAUUACGGGGAGAAUCCCCGAGUUUUCACCUCAAUGCGGGCUCGUCCGGAUGUCCCUUCUUAGCAACACGCUCUCCGGCGAGCUCCCGCGAAGCCUGGGCAAUUGUCGUAACCUCACCUCCUUCGUCGUUUCUUACAACAAUAUCAGAGGAGCUUUGCCAGAUAUUUUCUCCUCUCUUCCUCGGUUGCAGCUCCUCUAUCUCAACGACAAUAAUUUCGCCGGCGAGCUGCCGAGAAGCCUGGAGACCUUGAGAAAUUUGCAGCAAUUGUUCCUCUCGCAUAAUCAGUUUAACGGCACCAUUCCCGCGAACAUUGGCCGGUGCCGGUCGCUGACGAUGCUUUACAUUUGGGGGAACCGUCUCACGGGGCUUAUCCCUCCGUCUAUUGGGGAUCUCCGCGAUCUACAGUACCUUCUUCUUGCUCGGAACCAACUCGGUGGGCCGAUACCACCGGAGAUUGGGAAUUGUAGAUUAUUGCUGGAGCUUCAACUUCAGGAGAAUCUCAUCGGAGGGUCGAUCCCGCCAGAGAUCUGUCAGCUCCAGAACCUCCAGAACCUCUAUCUCUACAAGAACCAUUUGGAAGGAGCAAUUCCUAACUGUGUCUGGAGAAUGCACAAUCUUGUAAGUUUGGUGCUAUAUAACAACAGUCUGAGUGGAGAAAUGCCUACAGAGGUUGCCCUUCUGGGGCAACUGAACUACAUUAAUCUAGCAUAUAACAAUCUGACCGGGGAAAUACCUUAUUCUCUUGGAAGAAACACGAUCGGAGGCUUAAAGCUUGUGGAUUUGACCGGAAAUAAUUUCUACGGCCCUAUCCCGCCUGAUCUCUGUGCUGGCGGGAACCUCAGUGUUCUUGUUCUAGGCCAUAAUCAAUUUAAUGGUAGCUUCCCUGGCGAGAUCAUUGCACGUUGCAGUUCACUUAGGAGAGUGAUCUUGUGUAGCAACAGUUUUCGAGGAAAUAUACCAGUGAAUAUGAGUGUGAAUCUCGGGAUAUCAUACUUGGAUCUCAGCAGUAACUUUCUUGAAGGAAGCAUACCAAGCAGACUUGGUUACUGGCACAAUCUCUCAAUGCUCGAUAUCUCGAAUAACUCGUUAUCAGGCCCUAUACCUCCUGAAUUGGGUAACCUCAAGAAUCUCGCGACACUGCGUGCUUCUUCGAACAAGCUGACUGGAUCAAUUCCAGCGGAAUUGGGUGGAUGCACCAAACUUCUUUGUCUGGACCUCACUAGAAACAAUCUCUCCGGGAAUAUCCCGGUGGAGAUUACUACACUUGUGAGCUUGCAAAAUUUGCUCCUUUCAGGGAACAAGCUUAGCGGGGCGAUUCCUGAUUCAUUCACAGCCCUGCAGGGAUUACUGGAGUUGGAGCUUGGGAAUAAUACUUUGGAGGGUUCCAUUCCUCGCAGUCUCGGUAAUCUUCAGUUCAUUUAUCUCUCUCUUAAUGUUAGCAACAAUAGAUUGAGCGGAGAAAUUCCAAGUACUCUCGGUAAUCUUGAUAAGCUGCAAAUUCUUGAUCUAUCAAACAACUCUUUGUCUGGCCAGAUCCCAUCAUCACUCGAUAACAUGGUAUCUCUUUCGUUCGUAAACGUAUCGUUUAAUCAACUAACAGGUGCGCUCCCAAAUAGUUGGGUUAAAUUUGUAGUCUCUUCCCCAGGGUCCUUUGUUGGAAAUCCAUACAUAUGCCUACAAGCUAAAGAUGGAAAUGAUUGUGAGAAAGAACCAAUACAGCAUCGCGGCAAAACAAGAAGGAUUAUUAUUAUUCUAAUGGUUCUUGGGUUUGUCAUUUUAUUAGGAGGGCUUUGUGGUACCAUUCAUGUGACAAUGAGAGCUCGCCGCCUCUCAGCUCCCCAAGUUUCCAUUCGUAGCAUAGACGCAACUGAAGACUUACCUGAAGAUCUAACUUACGAAGAUAUAUUGCGUGCUACUGGCAACUUGAGCGAGAAGUAUGUUAUUGGAAGAGGCAGACAUGGCACUGUCUACUGCACGGAGUUUGGAUGGGGCAAGAAAUGGGCCGUCAAAAUGGUGGAUUUAUCUGAGUCGAGCUUUUCCGUCGAGAUAAAAGUUUUGAAUUCUGUGAAGCACCGAAACCUAGUAAAGAUGGCUGGAUAUUGUAUUAGAGAUGGCUUUGGCUUGAUUCUAUACGAGUACAUUUCGGGUGGAACACUCUACGAAGUCCUGCAUCAAAGAAAGCCACAAGUUUCUCUUGAUUGGAAGAGUCGGUAUCGCAUUGCUCUUGGCAUAGCCCAAGGCCUGUCAUAUCUUCACCAUGAUUGUGUGCCACAGAUCAUUCAUAGAGAUAUUAAAUCAAGCAACAUACUAAUGGAUUCUGAGCUAGAACCAAAGAUUGGGGACUUUGGAAUGGCAAAAAUGAUCAGUAGUAUAGAUUCAAGCUCAACAAUGUCUGCAAUUGUCGGAACUCUUGGCUACAUUGCUCCUGAAUGUGGGUAUUCAACCAGAGUUAAUGAGAAAUGCGAUGUCUAUAGCUACGGAGUAGUUCUUCUUGAGCUCCUCUGCAGAAAGUUGCCUGUGGAUCCCAGCUUUGGAGAUGGAGUUGACAUUGUACAGUGGAUGAAAUCAAAACUGCAAAAACCUGAUUAUGAGAAUGCUAUAUGUUACCUAGAUGAGGAGAUCAUCUACUGGGAAGAAGUUGAGCAGGCAAAGGUGCUGAAGCUAUUGGAAUUGGCAAUUUCAUGUACACAAUUAGCAUGUGAAGCAAGACCGUCCAUGAGGGAAAUUGUCAAGACUUUAAUCAAAGCUGGAUAAAUGUAAGAAAUAUAUAAUAUCUAGGUAGCAUGCUAACAUAGAUGUGUAAAGAUGUACGUCACCACUCGCAGCUGUCAAAGCAUCUAUAAAUCUAUAUGAAGCCACAAUCUUUUUUGCUA